AGAACGCAAGCACAAUUCUAUUUGUUCAAGCAGUACUAAUUUGUUCUGAUCACAAGCCGGAGUAGCUAGAGCGUGUAAAUGAACGGUCCGCCGCCGGUCUGCUUAUCACAACAAAAAUACACACCUCCUUAGUUGUUGCUAGUGUUGUUGUUGUUUGCCGUAAAAGGCAAGGAGUCUAGCCUACCCCCAUCCACCCACCUUUGUGACACUGUAACACUUGUUGAACAUUGCUACUGGCAAUCGAUUUGUGUUGUAUCUGUAGGACGUAUGUAACGCCGUUACCGCCAUUGCCAACACCGCCCUUUUCAAUUGAUUAGACGCUAACCAGACGCGUGUGUGUUUAAACGUCUUUUACUUAUUUCAGUGAUUCUUGCGGAUAAAACAAAGAAAACAUCAUCACAUAAUAUUUGGAUUUAAAAAAGAAAAAUAAUUGAAAACCCUAGAAUUCCCUAAACAAACUGUAAGCGAUAAUGUUUACUUAUGCCCAAUCUGGUCGCCAUUGAAGAUGGUCCGUGAAAUUGCGGAAAAGAUUAUAACGCUUCAGCAUUCACAACUAAUAGUACUAGUACUACUACUCGCUGUUGUAUAUCAAGGUCCUGGCCACAGUGCAUUCGCCCUAUUUGUCGAUUAUGCUGAAAAUACUGAACUAAUUCAACAGAGUAGUGGUUACAAUAUAACACUUCAAUGCGGUACAAAGGGUCUCAUAGAUGAAAGCAAAGAUAAUAAUAUCAAAUACCUGUGGUAUUUUAAGCAAUGUAUAGAAUCUUCUGGCGGUAGCACCAAUUGUUACCAUAACGAUGUUGGCGAUGAGGACUGGACCCAAUUACCUUGCGAAGAUAAUUUCUGUAAAUCUGAGCUGCAAUUGAAAAAUGUAACCGAAAAAUACUCGGGCCUCUACAAAUGCACUGUGGUGCCCCAUGUGGGAACAAGUGUAGUGGAUGUUAAGUUAGUAAGGACAUUUCAAUUGGACAUUAAAAAUACUUCACAAAAAGUGCCUGAAUUUUUGGAUGCCUAUCCUCUGAAUAGCUCAGUGAGUUUGGGCUCCCAAGCUGUAUUCCAAUGUCGUGUGUAUAGUGAUGAGUAUCCCACAAUAAAAUGGUUUCGCCGUCUACCUGAUCUCAAAUAUAUCGACUAUGAAAGUCUACAUUCCAUCGUCUAUUACAAUGGGCGAGCAUACGAACUCUUGACAACGCCUCGUGAGAAACCCAUAGGCCGAGAUGUAUAUCUAAGUAAACUCAUAUUGAAUGAAGUAAAAGCUCAAGAUGAGGGCUUCUACGCUUGUGUGCCCAUCACAGUACGGGGCUAUAGCAUACGCGAAGCAUAUCUACAAGUUGAUCCAGUGGAAGAUGAUUUUGCCACCUAUUGGUCGGAUUAUAGUGAGGAGAAUGUAGAUGUGGCGCAUAGUGAUCCACAGGAAUUUUGGCUACUCUUUCUAAUGCCGGUGGGUUUGGCUAUAUUACCACUGUCCGUGUGGUUAUGCUAUAUUUUGCAUAAACGAUGCCGCCACAAUGAACUGGGAGAUACUGUGGAUUUCUCUGAGGAACAAAUGACUGCCACAGAUCAACAGCGUAUGCUUAGAACGUAGUAGGAUUAAGUGUAGGGGAAAUUAGUGCCAAAGUUUGUUUUAAAACUAGUUUUUACAAUGUGUAAAUAAAUAUAGACUAGCAUAAACUUAAA